CUUCAAGGCGCGUGCAUUCUCUCCCAGCUCCCCCCACUACCCCCCACUAACAACCAGACCACCACAUACCACCACCAGCCCCAGCCAUGUCCACGACUGCAGAUGCAAAACAGCAGCAGCCGCCGCGCCGCAUCGGCCAUGUCCUUGAGGGCAUCGACAUGAAGACGCUCACGCCAGAGGGCGCGGAGAAGGUGCGGGAGGCUGUCCUCAAGUACAGCGUCGUUGUGCUUCCCAAGCAGGAUUUGGAAGAAGAAGACAUGGCGCGCAUCGCAGAGCUGUUUGGUGCACCCGUGGAUCUGCCAAGCGAGAUGGCGUUUGGCCACCAAGCCAAGUCUCAGCCGCGCGUCACCGUCGUCUCCAACAUGCGCCCGGAUGGCACCAUCAUUCCAAACAACAAGGCUGCCGAGUACUGGCACCAAGACGGCAACUUCUGGGUUGCGCCCCGCGAGUACGUGAUGAACUUCCUUUACUCUGUGAUUGUGCCAGAGGAGGGCGGCGAUACGGGUUUUGCCGACACGGUGCUUGCGCUGCAGCAGAUGGAUCCCGAGCUGCGCAAGGAGCUCGAGGGCCUGCAGAUUGAGGUGGAUGCCCGCAAGAUCCCGGACUUCUCCAGCCUGAAGGAGGACGACGAGCGCUUCCCCGUUGCCCUUCACUCCAUCAUCUUCAACCACGACGAGUCCGGCAUCGAGUCGCUGUACCCUGGAAACGGCAACGUCACGAUCAAGGGCAAGACCAAGGAGGAGUCGCGCGACAUCAUCGGCCGCGUGCUCGCCCACCUCGACAGGGAGCCGUACGUGUACUACCACAAGUGGACCAAGGGCGACCUCGUGCUGUGGGACAACAAGACGUGCAUGCACCGCAGCAUGGGCGGCUACGGCAACCACCCGCGCAAGCUGUUCCGCACUCAGUGCUUCCACCACCCUAACCUUCGCACGCAGUCGUGAAUGAAUGCCUGCACAAUGGCGCAUGCGUCUGUUCUUCCUUCUCCUGACGGUCU